AUGAACACUGACAGCGCUUCUGUUAAAUUGAGAACUGCCAAGGAUUCUUUAGUAUCCUCUUUAUUUGAACUAUCGAAAUCUGCUAACCAAACAGCCUCUAAUAUUAUUGAUUUCUAUAACACUAUAGAUCAGGAAGAAGGUGAAAAAAUAGAAGCCAUCAAUACUUUAACCGAUUCAUUGUUCAGAUUAACUGAUGCUACUAACCAUUUACACUUGAUUAGUUCCGAUUUGACCAAUCCAAUGGAUCUGGAUAUCGACACUAAUAGAUCGUUACUUUCAACCCCACCUUCUACUGCUGAUAAAACUGCCAAUGGCAAAAAAGCUAGAGUGGAAAAGGAUCCAAACGCUCCGAAGAAACCAUUGACUGUGUUUUUUGCUUAUUCUGCUUACAUUCGUUCCAAGAUCAGAGAAGAAAGAGCCUUGGAAGGGUUGCCACCUUUAUCUCCCACUGAAAUCACCCAAGAGAUUUCCAAGAAAUGGAAGGGAUUGGAUGAAAAGGAAAAAUCAAAAUGGAAAGAUGCUUAUCAUAUUGAAUUACAGAAUUAUUUAGCUGAGAAAAAUAAAUAUUUGGAAGAUAAGAAAAAUGGUACUUUACCAUUGGAUUAUUCUCCUUCAGCUCAUGCUCGUGUUCCAAACCCUUUCACCUCUAUUAUAAUGGGAACUGAUACUUCUUCUCAUUCAAGCAAAAAAGACCAAGAACAUGACGAUGGUAAUGUAGGAAAAGAAAAAGAAGAAAAAGAAAUCUAA